CGGCGUCUGGCGCCCGAGGCGUGCACAGCGGCCACGCUCAGCCUCCCCCGCGCCGCCGCCGAGGGUCCCGCCGCCCCGCCGGCCCCGAGCCGCCGCCAGCCAGCCUCGCCCGGACCCCGCGCCCGGGAGAGCCGCACGCGUCCCAGAGACCCCGCUCCUCCAGCUAGCACCUUCUCGCCGUCCGCCCUCGUUUUCCCCUCCUUCAUUUAUUUCCCCAUCAGUCCAUCUCUCUCCCCAUUCUUCUGGUCCCUUCCCUACGGACCUCUCAAUCCCACCUUCGAGAUCUCCUUCUGUCUUUGGCUCCUCUUCAUCUCCAACUCCUCAGACAGCGGUCCUACUUGGUCCUGGGGACUUCCUCGCGUCCCUCUCGCCUCGCUUUUACCCGGGCUCACCCCGGGUUGUCUGACGUUUGUGGAAGGAAGGAUGGUUCCCGGGGUGAGGAUCCUCUCCUCUUUGCUGGGACUCGUGAUGUUCUGGUUCCCCUUGGACUCUCAAGCCCGAGCUCGCCCAGGCAAAGUCUGCCUUUUCGGUGAGAAGAUCUACACCCCCGGCCAGAGCUGGCACCCCUACUUGGAACCACAGGGCACGAUCUACUGUGUGCGCUGCACCUGCUCCGAGAACGGCCACGUGAACUGUUACCGCCUGCGAUGCCCCCCGCUCCACUGCGCACAGCCCGUAAUGGAGCCACAGCAGUGCUGUCCCAGGUGUGUGGAUCCCCAUGUCCCCUCUGGGCUCCGAGCUCCCCUAAAGUCCUGCCUGCUCAAUGAGACCACGUACCAACACGGAGAGAUCUUCAGCGCCCAGGAGUUGGUCCCCGCCCGCCAGCCCAACCAGUGUGUCCUCUGUAGCUGUAUUGAGGGCCAUACUUACUGUGGUCUCAUGACCUGCCCUGAACCCAGCUGCCCCACCCCACUCCCUCUGCCUGAUUCCUGCUGUCAGACCUGCAAAGACAGGACAAGUGAGAGGUCCACGGAAGAGGACAUGGCACAGUUGCAGCAUGGAGAGAGACAUUCCCAGGAUCCAUGCUCGGAGGACAGGAAGAGGAGAGGCCCCGGCACCCCAGCCCCUACCAGUGUCAGCUCCCCGCUGAGCUUCCUCACCCGAUACUUCCGACCAAUGGGAACAGGCAGCACUACUAUCAAGAUUAUCCUGAAGGAGAAACAUAAAAAAGCUUGCACCCACAAUGGGAAGACAUACUCCCACGGGCAGGUGUGGAACCCCACAGUGCUCUCCUUCGGGCCCAUGCCCUGCAUCCUGUGCACGUGUGUGGAUGGCCACCAGGACUGCCAUCGGGUGACCUGCCCCACCCAGUAUCCCUGCAGUCAACCCAAGAAGGUGGCCGGGAAGUGCUGCAAGAUCUGCCCAGAGGAUGAAGCAGACGCUGACCACAGCGAGGUCAUUUCCACCAGGUGUCCCAAGGUGCCUGGCCAGGUCUCUGUGUACACGUUGGUGCCUCCAAGCCCAGACAGCCUGCACCGCUUUGUCCUGGAGCACGAAGCAUCGGACCAGGUAGAGAUCUACAUCUGGAAGCUGGUGAAAGGAAUCUUCCAUUUGGUUCAGAUCAAGAGAGUCAGGAAGCAAGAUUUCCAGAAAGAGGCCCAGAACUUCCGGCUGCUCACCGGCACCCAUGAAGGUUACUGGACUGUCUUUCUAUCCCAGACUCCAGAGCUGAAAGUCACAGCCAGCCCAGACAAAGUAACCAAGACAUUAUAACAAGGACCUAAACUGUUACAGAUAUGAGCUUUACUGUGUUUGUUAUUAUGUAGUAAUAAAGAAGUUGCAUUUACCC